UGUCCGCCAUCCUUGUGGCUCUUUGCAGAAGGGCACGAAGAGCCCGAAACAAACAGUGUGCCCAGUGUAGCAGGAAUACUUGGCUCUUCUUCCUUCAAUCAUGUUGUCCAGGGUCAUUGCUGUGUCAGCCAGUGGCCUGAAAAGCACUGCCCCCCUUGGAGCUGGUCUGAUCCAGGCCUCUCGCUCCCUGCACACAUCAUCCCCGAGUCUGGCUCCAGUGCCCCCCCUGCCAGAGGCAGGCAAGGUCCGUCAUGGCAUCGUACCAGAGGAGUUCUUCCAGCUCCUGUACCCCAAGACUGGAGCUACAGGACCCUACAUGCUGGGUACUGGCCUCAGCGUCUGGCUGCUCUCCAAGGAGCUCUACGUCAUCAACCAUGAGACCGUUGCAGCCCUAACCGUCGGCACCGUCUUCGUCUUAGCUGUCAAGAAAUUUGGACCAAGCUUUGCAUCUGCUAUGGACAAAAUGGAAGAGGAAAAAGCAGCCUGGAUUGAAGACGUGAAGGACCAAGCCAUGGCGUGCUACGUUGAUGCUAUCGAGGAGGAGAAGAAGGAACAGUGGCGAGUGGAGGGAAGAUCCAUGCUCUUCGACGCUAAGAGGAACAACGUGUCCAUGCUGUUGGAAACCAACUACAGAGAGAGGCUACACCAUGCGAACCACGAGGUGAAGAGGCGCCUGGACUACCAGCUGGCCCUGCAGCACCUCAAGGUCCGGAUGGAGAAGGAGCACAUGGUCAACUGGGUGGAGAAGAACGUCGUCGGCAGCAUCACCGCCCAGCAGGAGAAGGAGAGUAUCGCCAAGUGCAUCUCAGACCUGAAUGUCUUGGCCAAGAACAUCCAGGCCAAAGCUACAGCAUAAACGGUCGAUCCUCAGAGAAGAUUUCUCUCAUCCCCAACCCGCGGUCCCAUGACGACACCCCACUUUUCUUUACAGAAUAAACGUUAUCCUCUCUAAAGAUUGUCUCUGUCAAUAUGUUUUGGGUGUGUACAGUAUGUUCACGUCAUCUGAUAGUAAAAUAAAUAAUUCUCUUAUUCAACUUGAA